AUUGAAUUUCCAAAUAUUAAAGAGGAAAACAUGAAGAAGAUUGAAACCACAAAAAAAACAAAACAAAACCAAAAAGCCCCAAACAAAAAGUCAUAGAUGAUGAAGAAAGUAGAGCUUGUGUUCGUCCCAGCAUCAGGGUUCAGUCACCUUGUCCCAACUAUUGAAUUUGCCAAGCGCCUGAUACACCAAGAUGACCGAUUCUCAAUCACCAUCCUCAUCAUGAAGCACCUCUUGGAGCCAAACUCAAUCACAUAUUUACCAUCCAUAGCAGCCACUGAGCCUUGUAUCAAACUCAUUGACCUACCCCAAGCUGACCCUCCUUCGCCGGAGCUUUCAAAAUACCCAGAAACCUAUUUUUGCACCUCUAUAGAUAAUUACAAGCCCCAUGUCAAACGCGUGGUUGCUGAACUUGUUGAUCAGUCUCUAUCUAACUCCAGCUCAGUCCGAAUCGCCGGGUUAGUCCUUGAUUUCUUCACUGCUCCAAUGGUUGAAGUGGGCGAUGAGUUUGGUAUACCUUCUUAUUUGUUCAUAACAACUAGUGCAGCAUUUCUUGGUCUUAUGCUCUACCUUCUGGCACGGCAUGAUGACCGAGUUGAUGCCGAGUUGGAGGACUCCGGCCCUGAGUGGGCUAUCCCGAGUUUAGUCAACCCGGUUCCUAUUGAGGUUCUGCCUACACCAUUGUUCACAAAGGAAGAUGGGUAUGCUGCUACUAUGAAGCUUGUGAAAAGGUUCAAGGAUGUAAAGGGCAUUAUAGUGAAUACCUUUAUGGAGAUGGAAUCAUAUGCUUUGAACUCUUUUUUGGAUGGUGAAACUCCUCCAGUUUAUCCCGUUGGACCAGUGGUUAGCCUCACGAGUGGGGCCCACUUGAGCCCCAAUGGGGUCCCCUACAAGCAUAUAAUGACAUGGCUUGAUGAUCAACCUGCGUCAUCAGUUGUGUUCCUCUCCUUUGGGAGCAUGGGAAGCCUGAGUGAACCCCAAGUAAGAGAGAUAGCAUUUGGGCUUCUAAAUGGUAACUUCAGGUUCCUAUGGUCUUUACGUGUUCCACAACAAAAAGAAAAGGAAAAAAGGUUGGGGCCCAAUGACAAUAUGGAGGACUUUUUGCCUGAAGGAUUCCUUGAACGUACAAGUGGGCAUGGAAUUAUAUGUGAAUGGAUUCCACAAGUAGAGGUUUUGGCACAUAAGGCAAUUGGAGGAUUUGUAUCACAUUGUGGAUGGAACUCAAUCUUGGAGAGCUUGUGGUUUGGCAUACCAAUUGUAACAUGGCCGUUAUUUGCUGAACAACAACUGAAUGCAUUCAAACUAGUAAAAGAGUUGGGAUUAGCGGUGGAGAUGAAAUUGGAGUACAGGAAUGGUGAUCAUCUUGUUUUGCAGGAUGAGGUAGAGAAAGCAAUAAGAUGUGUCAUGGAAGGUAAUAGUGAUGUGAGGAGAAGGGUGAAAGAGAUGGGAGAGAGUAGUAGGAAGGCUGUGAUAGACGGUGGAUCUUCAUAUACUUCUUUAGGACUUUUAAUUGAGGAUAUGGUUGGCAACGUAUGAUCGGUUGUUGUCUUUGUA